AUGAUAGGUACUGCUGCUUUUUCAGUUUUAAUUAGAUUAGAAUUAGCUGCUCCUGGAUUACAAUUUUUAGAGGGAGACCACCAAUUGUUUAACGUAAUCAUUUCUGCUCACGCAUUAAUAAUGAUUUUCUUCAUGGUUAUGCCUGGUUUAGUAGGAGGUUUUGGUAAUUACUUCUUACCAGUACAAUUAGGUGCCCCAGAUAUGGCAUUUCCGAGACUAAAUAAUAUAUCAUUUUGA